GCGCCACCGGCUCCAUUCCCCCAUCGGUGCUCGAAGUGCACUGACGUUAAUGCGUCAUUCGGGGAAGUUUCGCGUGAAAAAACGUAAAUUUUCUCGACGAUUAAAACAAUUUCACAAGUCGGUCGGUGUGAGACAAUCAGUGUUAUUAAAUAGUGAUCAGUGUGUUUCGAAUUUGUGAUCGAAUUUGAUCUGAAAACUUGACGGAACGCCAACGACAAAACUUACACGGAGAGAGCGCGUCCCUGCCACCAUUCUGAGUUUCUUCUAUACAUAUAUUCUCAAUUGGACGAGGGUGCGGAAUAUCUCUGAGAAAGGAGGAGGAGAAAUCUGUGGAAAAUUAUUAUCUGUUCUUUAAUUAGGAGAUGUCAUAAUUCAAGGGUAGAGAAUAAGCAACAUCUGGAUGAAUAAUCACUCCUAACUGGUGUGAUGGGUUCCUGUAGAGAUGCCAUUAACUAUGAGUUGAGGCUUGAAAAUUAAUUGGGACCGGCAUGGAGAAGGAGAACUCCGCGUCGGGUGGCAGCGGAGGCGGCGGGGGUGGUAGCGAGGCAACGGCGACGCCGGGCGCCACCUCUGCCUCCGAGAAACUCCAGGCGGACCAAGCCAACCCCUUGCUCGAUCCUGCCGCCCUUUUUGGUGCGUAUUGGCCGAGAGGUGACAGCACAGCGUCAUCACUCUUUGGAGGAAUGCCGGGAGGAUAUGGUUUGGGGGCACAUCAUUUGCCCUCGGCUUAUGCCAUUUUGGGUCGAGGUGGUUCUGCUCCUGGUUUUGGUGGUCAUACACCAACUUCCGCACCACCUCCGCCUCCUUAUUCACACAGCAGUCUUGGGACCCUCAGUGUUGCUGCCAGUCAAGCAGCGAGCUUAGGUAUUAAUCCGGCGAGCGCAGCUUGGUGGACAAUGGCUUCGCACUUGGCUGCGCAGGACUACCUCGCGAGGUUACAAGGAGCCGCAGGACUUUCAGGGUUUCCACCAAGUGCAGAAAGCCUUCUACCUCCUUAUCCCACUUCCUUACUUAAUCCAUCGUCCCAUUCCUCUCACAAGUCCAGUAAGUCUAAGUCAAGCAAGAGUCACAAGACUCCAACAAGCAGUAGUAGUUCAACAACUCAUAGUCUGACAAAUACUCUGACAGUAACAAGUCAGGCUCCAGUUACGACUACUCAUCACAGUACUUCUUCAACGAGUAGUACAACCAAUUCGCAACCGAAUGUCGUUAGUUCUGCAAAGGAAGGAAGUGAUCCUAGCAGUAUACUGGGGGGCGUUCGUUUGCCACCAGACACGGAAAUUAUCAAGUAUACGUCGAGUAUUGUUGGUCCAAAAAUUCCCGGAACAACGAAUCGAGGCAGGAAGAAAACGAUAUCACUCGAUUCGCCGAGUGUCAGCGUUCAUACUCCAUCUGGUGGUCCAGGAUUAUCUGGUCAUCAAACUAACACCCCACCUUCUUUGAUGAUAGAGGCACGAAAAUUCAAUCGCACUCCGAAUGAAUCGAGCGAGUACAGAGAUAACGCGGACAGGGUCGAAGUGAUUAAAUUGCCGGCGCAUUCGACUAACGGUUCUAUUCUUUCUGCUCCUACAUACACGACCAGCAAUACAAGCAGUGCAAAUGACGCGGACACACCUUUAAAUCUUUCUUUGAAACCUUCCUCGACGAGUAGCAGUUCACCAACCGCUAGUAGUCAACCCCUCACCCAACUCAGUAAUCUGAGUCAAUCGCUACUCGCAUCUGAUCGAACAUAUUGUAAUCUAAAUAAUUCGUAUGCAGCGCGGCGAAAACCGGGACCGAAGCCGAGAAGAGUGCCACAGAAUUCAAUGCCGGUACCGCCAUCGCCGUCGCCAUCGUUGGCGCAAUUAUUUGCAGCCGCUGAUUCGCCAUCGCGACCAAGCAGCGGCAGCGAGGAAAGCGAGAGUCCAAGUGCAACGCAUCAUAAAGAUGGAAGACCAAGGAAUCUCGGUCGCGGGGUAUCGAAACCAAAAAAGAAUACAGUCGCGUCACUUUUGGCGCAAAGUAGAGCCCUAGGUAUUAAACCAACGCCAGGUUCACUUGAUCCAAAUGUUCCUUUGUCGCACCAAGUCUCAUUACUCAGGUCGAAUAUACUCGCUGCUCAACAAUUCAACGCGUCUCUCUUUCAAGGCGACGAUAAAAAUCAAAAAUCUUUACAGGAGAAGAUGAAAAAUAGACUGUUGGAAGUCUCGGGCGAGGAAAGUAAUAUGGACGUGACCAGUGAGAGUGAAAGUAAUACUGACGCGAUUACGGACACUGAUGACGAUAAUCCUGAGGGCAUACCGAGCGCAAAAAAGAGGAAGCUUAAUUACAGUGAGAAAGAUCUUCAAAUUCCUCUCGAGCGCGGAUGGAAGAGAGAGACGAUCAUCAAGGGUCUUGGGAAAACCGGAGUCAUCAAAGGCGACGUUUCUUAUCACAGUCCUUGCGGUAAAACAUUUAGGAGUAGCCCUGAACUUCUCAAGUUUCUCGAGCAUCAAAGUCCGGUUGAAUUGACACCGAUGAAUUUCUCGUUUUCAUCAAAGCCACUUGUUGGUGAAUUCCUUCAGCCGACGAUGGGUUUGGCCGAGGCCGAAUUCGUGCGACUCAGCUCUCAAGAAGUUGCGAGAAGACUAGAAGAAUUAAAAGCCGCUGGCGGCUUCAGGGACGGUAGGGUCAAUAGUCAAUACGAAAAGGACAAAUUGGCAUAUGCCAAAAAACUCGCCAAAGAAGAAGCGCAACGUCACAAGGAGCAAGCCAGGUUACUGAAGGAGCAAGAAAAGAAUGAACGCCAGGAAGCCGUUAGACGAGAGCGUGAGAUCAGGAAUCAGCAGCUUUUAGAGAGGAGAAAUCAUUCGAGUUGUGCCUUCUUCUACGAGGAAGCGGAAAACAGCCAGAUUCGGGGUCGAAAGCGGCUCGCGUUCACGAUCAAACAGAAAAUGAAGAUCAUCCAAGAGAUUGAGAGGGGAAAGAGUAAGAGCGAUGUGGCCCGGGAACUUGGAUUGGCGAGCAGCACCGUGGCGACAAUAUGGAAAAAUCGUGAGAGCAUCGCCGAGAGCUGGAGGAAUCGUGACGUUAUGCAGUCGGACAUGGACAUCGAGUCGGCCAAAAAAAUCAGCGCAAGCAUUGUCAAUCUUGGAUCAUCGCCAUUGCUGUCAACAUCAUUGCUAACGCCACUGUCAACAGCAUCGACAACGACAACGCCACUCAUCACAAAUGUGACGACAUCAUCGACAUCACCCUCAUCACAAUUGGACAACAUGCACCAGAUCCACACCCUAACGCAAAAUCAGGAACUUCUGCAGGAGGCCCGGAAAAAGCGGCAGGAAGAGGUCGAGAGGGUACGAAUGGAGGAGCAACAGCGGAAGCAACAGGAGCGCGAACUUAAGAGGCAACAAGCUCUAAUGCUGAAGGAACAGAUUUACAUGCAGGAGCUCACCAAGCAGCGCGAGAUGCUCUACACCGUCGAGCUGGAGAAAGAGAGACGAAGACAACACAUGACUUUGGUGCGAGCUCUGGAGAGUCGAAGAAAAUUAGAGGAACGUGAGAAGAAACGUCUCGAGGCAAGAGCAGAAAGAAUAGCGACAAAGGAAAAACGAGCAGAGCAAAGAAAAAUGGAAAUAGAAUUGGUCGAGCAAAUCAGAAAACCUAUCGAAGAUAUGGAACUCACUGAUCAUAGAGACCUGCCGGAUGUAAAACGUGUUCCGGGUCUAAAACUAUCAGGAAAAGCUUUCGCCGAUAUUGUCAUGGUAUUUGAAUUUUUGCACAACUUCGGAGAAACCUUGGGCUUUGACAUGGACUCGCUGCCAAGUUUGAAAAGUUUGCAAAUGGCUCUUUUGAAUGACGAGGAGGCCGAGGAGGAAAUGUUAUCUGUGAUGACUCAUUUAUUAGUUUGCGCAAUUGAAGAUCCAGGAAUACCGCAACCGGCCAGACAUACGACAGGUUUAGGGCAGAGUCUUCGUCAGGCGGACAUUACCCACGCGAAUAUUAGUGAAGUACUGAGGAUUUAUCUCUAUGCAAAUGCAACCGGUGAAGUGAAGGCUUUAACUGGCGUUUGCCUUGAGCGCGAGAGAGACAAGAAAUUCGCCGAUCAUCAUCAAAAUGGUGCUGAUUAUGCUUUCACUUGUUCGGGAAAAAAUGCUCAAUUCUAUGAGCAUCUGCAUAAUAAUGAGACGUGGAAAAUGUCCGAACGAUUACGCGAUAAGCCAUUCCUCGCCUUAAAUUCAACACAUAAAGCGCAAAUGCUCGCUUUCCUUUGCAAUGAAUUGCUACAAAAUAAGGCUGUGAUCAAACAAAUUGAAGGGAGUUUGGAAACUGUAGCGCAAUUGAAAAAGGAACGAUUUGUGCUUGACACGAAAAUUAGGAAAUUGAGACAAUUACACAGUCGAAAAGUGAGAAUGGAGGCGGUGGGCGUUAUUGUCAAUAAGACUGGUGACACAAUAACUAUCGAAAAGAAGGAGAUGGACGAGGAAGGAAACACAACAUCGUCCGCAGUUGAGACAACAUCAACUCCUGAAGAAAUACAUCACGAGGAUGAAGUUGAAGACAUGUCCGAAAACGAGAGUGAAGGAACUCAACCCGAAGAGGAGGAGGACAAGAACUUAUCAGGCGAGGAACUUGGCAAGAAACUCGAUAAACUUCUAAAACAAUCGGAGGAGCAAUUGCAAAAAUUGAACGGUUCGUCAAAACAAUUGAGAGCACAUGUUUUUGGACAAGAUCGAUAUUGGAGAAGAUAUUGGGAACUACCGUGCGCUGGUGGAAUAUUUGUUGAGGCAAUGGAGAGUGCAGAACCGGAGAUUCUCGAUCUUCAAGCGGAACUCGAUGAGAAGUAUAAGAAUAUGCCAAUUGAGGAGAAAACCGAAGUCAAACAAGAGGAAGUGAAAACGGGAACAGAGAAUCGUGAGAAUGAAGCGCCAAAUGAAGUGAAGGAAGAGCGUGCAGUGAAUGUGCAUAAAGAGGAGAAUUUAAAGCCGCUCGAUGAGAAAACCAAGUUUGAUAUUGAUGAUGUCAAUUGUAAAAAGGAGGAGAAAAUUAAUUGCAAUGCUGAGAAUUCAAAACACAGUUUAGACGAUUCGAAGAGUGACGUUGAUACUAGUAUGACGGACGCAAAAACAAAUGUUACGUCCGAGGAAAUUAAGGAGGAAACUGAAAUCAAAAUGGAUGUCGAUGUCAAGGAGGAGGAUGUGAAAAAGGAAAAGAACGACGCCAUAUCACCGAAACCAAUUGUUAAAAUGAUGGAGGACAAAAUUGUUGAGGCUAUUCCUAAUGGUGAUAAAUUUAAUCAUGUCAAUAAUUUGCAUAAUGGUAAAGAUGUCAACGGAACAUUUAUUUCGGGUGGAUCUAAUGAACCAAAUUGGUUUUCGAUACUUCCGCGUGAGACUUGCGACAUUUCCGGACCAAGUACCAAGCAGAUUUUCGGAAUUGUCGAACCUACGGAGCUGAGAAUACCAGUUUUCCCACCGCCCGCUAGUCCAAAUUACGACAGAUGUGACAGUCCAGCGCCUCUUGUUUUGACACAGGAUGAAGCAACACAACUGGAGUACCUGAAAGUCCAUGGCUUACCGCCUCCCGGGGAAGCAAAACCAGUGCCAAGCGAUUUGCGAUACGGUUGGUUCAGAAUAACGGACGUGGACACUUUUCAAGAAUUGCUGGAGCAUUUACAUUCGCGGGGUGUAAGAGAGAAGGAAUUGAAGCGCACAACUUGGGCGACUAUGGAAUCAUUCCUGGCAGUGACGGGGAAAAUAAAUGUCGAUCCGGGAAAUAUGACAGCGACUGAUAUGAGUGGUGACGGUGAUGGUGACGAUGAAGAUUUACCGAUUCCAAAACCUGAAAAUCCUGAGGAUUGGUGUGAACAAGUGGCUCUACGGGUAGACGCUCAACUACUUGAACAAGUCGAAGCUCUCGAGGAUAAAGUUGCGAAUGCAAGUAUGCAAGUCAAGGGAUGGAAACUGCCACCAAGGGCCGGCACAGAGGAGGCCGAGGAACUUGAGAAACUUCAUGAAAUGGAGCAAGUCAGCGCCGUUGAACAAGCGCGACAAAGGUUACUCUCCCUCGAAGCGGCGAUCGAACGACGAUACUUGAAACCACCUUUGGGAAUUUGCACUGGAGAUCCGAAUUUGGCGGCACUCAAGGCGGAGCAAGCGGCUGCAGCUGCGGCGGCGAAUUCACAUUCAUCGGAUCAGACACCACCGCCACCGCCACAUGAGGAAACAACACCGAGGGGUUUAAACAAUUGGCGUGAAGCAACGGCACGCGCCCACACCUCGGCUCAAUUGGCAAUGGCACUCUACAUGCUGGAAGCGAGCAUCGCCUGGGACAAAAGCAUCAUGAAGGCUGUGAGUCAAAAACCAGCUAGAAAACCAGUCAGCUCGAAACAACGAAAUCGCUCCGUCUCACUCAAAGCUACCACUCAGUACAAACAGCUAUUGACUACUACUCAGGCCUCUAAUUGUCAAUUUUGCCAUAGUGGCGAUAAUGAAGAUAAAUUGUUGCUUUGUGACGGCUGUGAUCGCGGCUACCAUACUUAUUGUUUCCGUCCAAAAAUGGAUAACAUUCCUGAUGGAGAUUGGUAUUGUCAUGAGUGCAUGAAUAAGGCGACCGGCGAACGUAAUUGUCUAGUGUGCGGAAAACGCGUUGGCAAAAAUUUGGUGCUUUGUGAAUUAUGUCCCCGGGCUUAUCAUACCGACUGUCAUAAUCCUGUAAUGCCAAAGAUGCCGAGAGGAAAAUGGUACUGCUCAAAUUGUCAUAGUAAGCAACCAAAGAAAAGAAAUAGCAGUCGUCGAAGUCAUUCUAAAGGAGCAGCAGGAGCGGCAGCUGCAGCAGCAACGUCAACAGCAGCAACAGCAACACCAGCAGCUGGAGCAGCAGCAACAGGAGGUGAGAAAGGUGGAGGAGGAGCAGCAGCAGCAGCAGCACCAGGAGGAGCGACAAGCAGAGAGAGUGAAAGUUCUGAUCAUCCACCAGCUAGUCCAACGCCAUCGACUGCAUCCAAUACUCAUGCGGAGGACGUCAGCUCAUCGGAACCACCAACGCCCACGCCAUCGCCGAGAAAGGAAGCCAACAACCGGACAUUGACGAAAAAACAACAGCGAGAAAUUGCUCCAUGCAAAGUUCUACUUGAACAACUGGAACAACAGGACGAAGCAUGGCCCUUCCUCUUGCCAGUCAAUACCAAACAAUUUCCGACUUACAAGAAAAUUAUCAAAACGCCCAUGGAUCUCAGUACGAUUAAGAAAAGAUUACAGGACUCCAUGUACAAGUCGCGAGAUGAUUUUUGCGCCGACGUGAGACAAAUGUUUAUAAAUUGCGAGAUUUUCAAUGAGGAUGACAGUCCAGUUGGCAAGGCCGGUCAUGCAAUGCGCAACUUUUUCGAAACACGAUGGACCGAAAUUACUGGCGCUCCACCGCCACUGCCACCACCUCUUCCACAAACUCACAGCUGAGGUUCAGCACGCGCUCGCAACAGCUGCAACAGUUUUGCGCACUUCUAUUACUGAAAAGCUGAACGCGAGUGGUCCACAUGAUUAUUCAAAUUCAAGAUUUCAUCUGUUUUUUUUUUGUUUCGUGGAUCGCGUUAUAGCGGUUAUCCAUUUAUAAACCACCGGCAGAUAAUUUUUUGCAAUACGCUUAAAAAAUCGAACGGAUUUUUUUAUUUAUUUAUUUUUCAGUUUUUUUUUCAUUUUUUUUUUUUGACCUCUCAAUUCUGUAUACGGCAUUAGCGUUCACUUGCCGAUUUUCAUAUUACUAUUACUUAUAUUUUCUCCUUUAAAACAAAUAUACUCUCUUAUCAAGAGACUGCUUUUGAUUCAUUUGAAUCAACUUUAGAUUUUUAAAGUCUGAACUUUGUAAUGUUUCUUUCGUUCUCGAAGGUAUAUUAUACUUUUUUUUUAAUUUAGAGACACAUUUCAUUGUUUUUAGUUACGAUUAAAGAAAACGAGAUUCAUCAAAUUAUCAUUUUUCAAGAAAAUAAGCAAGAUUUAUUUUUAAUUGAUGAAAUGCGUAAAAAUUGUUGGUAAAAAUAAUUAGAAAAUUGUGUGAGUGACAAUUUUUUCACUACUUUGUAAAAUGAUUUAAUGAUUAAUAUUGAUUGUUGAAAAAUGAUAAUGAUGAAGUAGAAAAAAAGAAUAUUGAUAAAAAUUUGAAUUCAACCGAUAGCCGGUCGAUGUACUUAUUAUAUACACACACAAGAGUGAUUUCUACCUGAAAAGGGAGGGAUUGUGGAGAGAUUCCGGGUUAUAUUAAAUAUAGUCGUAGUGCCGAUGGAUCUUCGGUUUAAAGAAAUAUUUUGCAAAAUAUAAUAAUUAAUUGUGAAAAAGAAGAUGAUAUAUAUGUGUAUAAAUAUGUAUAUUAUACAGUGUAUAGAUAUGCAUAUAGUCGAUUAAUUAACAAUUGUAACGCACUCACGCUCAUCGAAAUUCGAGCACCGAUAUAAGGAAAUAAAAAGGGUAACGACUGUUUUCGAAACUAAAAUUCUAAGCGAAUGAGAUUUAUUAAAAUAGUCUAAGAACAAAAAUUUAACGCCAUUCCAUAACUUUCUAUUGUCGCUAUUUAAGCUUUGGAUUGUCGCGAUUGUAUUAAGAAGAAGAAAAAAAACACAAAUGAGACGAAUCGACAAAAAAGUCCAUUCCUCAUUUUUAUAAUCGAAGAAAAAGGCAAGAUGAAAAAGAAAAACAAAAAGAGACGUAUUAAAUCACAAGUUGUCAGUAUUUGUAAUAACGUAAAAAAAAAUUCAAAUUUCGCAUUAAACUUACGAUGAAAAAUUCAUGCAAAGAAUGUUUUCUCAUAUAAAACUCAAAUAUUGAUAACACUUAAAUUAUCAUAAUUUGUACAUACAACUCUGAAAAAAAAAAUUUUUUGCGAGUAGAUCAAAAGAGUGUGUGUAUGUAUAUAAUGCGUGUGUGUGACGAUUGAUGGCAAAACUUAGUAUUUUUACGAAAUUGACUCUUAUUUGUAAAGUAUUAAAAGAAACGAAUCGAAAACUAGGGUGCAAACAAUUUUAACAAAACGUUAAAAAAUAGUUACUAUAUAUAAAAAACAAAAAUCUAAUUUUGACAAAUGGUUUUCAAGAAAAAUUAAAACUUUUUAAACAUUCGACUAACAUUUUCAUUUUUAAGAAAAGAUUUCCAAAAUCAUUUAACAAACAAAAAAAGCAAAAAAUGAAAAAGUAAAAAAAAAUUAGAAAUUAAGGCGUGAAACUUAAAAAAAAAGUAUUUGGAUCCUAGGAUUAUUUCGCCAAUCACUAGUGUGCUUGCGUGUGCGUGUGUGUUUCCAUUGAUUGGAAAGUGUUUUGUUAUAAAUAGAAAAAAAAAUGAUACACGUUGAUUACCGAAUUUCAUGAUUAAUGAACAAAAAAAAUGAAAAUGUAAAAAAAAACCGACGUCCAAUUUUUAAUCCAUAAAAAGGACUUUUUCAAAAAUAAAAAAUAUCUUCGAAUAUUUGUCGAGUGGGAUUAAUAAAAUGAAAUUGCCUCGACAUUUAUUGAGAGAUCGCGAACCAACGAAUGCGACUACUUUUUAGCAGAGAAAAAAAUAAUACAAAACUCUUUUUUUUUUGUCGCGAUGAAUAAGGAAGAAAAGGAAAAAUGUUGACUCGACAUUUGACGUCUUGUUUUAUAUGUAUCUAGUUGAUGUAAAUUAUUUCCGAUAACGAUUGAAUAUUAAAAUAAACAGUUAUCUUAAUACUGUAACGUUAGUAGAGAAUAAAAGUAUUUGCACGAGUAAAAGAGUACUAAUACCGAGACAAAGCCUAAAAAAAAGAGAGCACGCAAGGAAUGUGCGCCUGUAAGAAACGAUGUACUGCGCCAAUUCGAAAGUCAAAAUAAUAAUUGAGUUCGUGAAAGCACAACGAUAAAAGUCGUGUAUUCAAUUUAUUUCUUUAUAUUAGUUUUUACCACGGUUUUUACCAUUUCUCGUUUUCUUUUCUUUUUUUAAUUCUUUUUUUUUAAUAUAAAUUUAAUAAAACUUUUUUAUUUUUAAUCCAAUCGGCUGUGCAUCGGUUCUGAUGCCGACAUUCUGAUUAGCGUGUGAUUUGCCAUUUCGCGUUUAGUGUAAUAGCGAGCGUGUGUUCGUCUGAAAGCCGAUGACAGGAAAAAAGAAAAUUUUUUUUUCCUUAAAGUUUAAUUAUUUAUCUUGGUAAAUUAAAAUGAAAAAUCGUUAGAUAAUGACGCUUUUUAUACGAAUUUUGAUUUUUAACAUCGAUCUUACGGUAUAAUUAUAGUGUAAUAAAUAUUGUAAUAGCAAACGCAGUAAACGAUCACAAUAACGAUUGCCGUAACGAUUUUAAAAGUAAAACGAAAGCGUAAUGAUGGGACGAUGAAUAUAGAAGUAUUGAUUGUCUAUAUAGUAUAAAAAAACAUAAAAAAAAAAUAAAAAAAAAAUGAAGGUUUACGUUAGGUGACCUUGCAAUGCUAUUUAAACAGACUUAAUUAAUGUAUUGCAAAAGAAUUAAUAAAGUGUAAGCGAAGCGUGUAAACAAAAUAGAAUUGUUUUGUUACUUGUAAAAAUUUUUUUUUUUUGCGUUUUUCUUACUUUUUUCACAUAUAUCUUUUUUAAGAGACUUGACCUCUUUUUAGCAUCGCGUUUGGUUGUUUUUCUCUUUCUUUCUUUCUUUUCUUUCUCUCAACUCUUUUUUUUCUUAUUCUUUUCUUUUUUUCAAUCUCAGAUCUAUUUACGCGUUUACGAUAAGGUCUUGUGUUUACGAAACAAAUAAUACCUCGUUGUAGCUUCACUUUCACUGAAAAAGUGAUUAAAAAUACACUCUUGUGAUUCUAUUAAAUUAUUCUCUCUAGAGUAUUAAAUAUUUCUGUCUUA